UUCCUUAUAAACCCUAAUUUUUCUUGGGUUUACAGCCGACGCCUCCAUCAUCUAAAGCUUCUUUCUUCAAUCUCAAGAUGGGCAAGAAAUCAACCUCCAAGGCUGCUCCUGCUCCUGCUGUUGUUGUCCCAGAAAAGACUAUGAAGAAAGGGAACAAGCGAGAGGCUGAAGUUAUUGUGGAGAAGAAAAGCGCAAAAAAGCAGAAAAAAGACUCUGGGUUGGAACAAGUCAUUGAAAAGAAGAAGGCUGAUGCUAAGACCCAGAAGAAGGUGGAAAGCAUUUCAGAGGAAAGUUCCUCUAGUUCUGAUGAAGAGCUGAAGAAACCUGCCCCCAAAACUUUAGCUCCUCCAAAAAAAAUCAAUCCUUCCAAAAAAGGGAAACAGUCAAGUGAUGAGAGUGAUUCUGAAUCUGAAGAUAGCAGCUCAGAUGAAGAGGUCCCUGUUACCAAAAAAGUUCCUUCAGUCCCAGCCAAAAAUGGGGCAGUGAAUGGGAAGAAAGAUGCAUCAAGCUCAGAAGAGGAUAGUUCUGAUGAUGAUGAUACUCCCAUGAAGGAGGUUAGUGCUCCUGCACCUGCUCCUGCAAAAAAAGCUGCGAGUAGUUCAGAGGAAAGCAGCUCUGAUGAGGAUUCAAGUUCAGAUGAUGAGGCCCCUGCUAAGAAGGCCCUUCCCAAGGCAUCUACGCCUGCAAAAAAAGUUGAAAGCAGUUCCGAGGAAAGUAGUUCCGAUGAAGAGGAUGACACCCCUGCCAAGUCAAAGGCUCCCCCUAAGACUUCUGCCCCUGCAAAAAAAGUUGAAAGCAGUUCAGAUGAAAGCAGUUCUGAUGAUGAGGAUGACACCCCUGCCAAGACAAAGGCUCCUCCUAAGACAUCUGUCCCUGUAAAAAAAGUCGAAAGCAGUUCAGAUGAGAGUAGUUCGGAGGAUGAGGAUGUUGCCCCUGCCCGAAAGAAGGCUCCUGCUAAGGCAUCUGUUCCUGCAAAAAAAGUUGAAAGCAGUUCAGAUGAUAGUAGCUCUGAUGAAGAUGAUGCUCCAGCCGUUGCCCCAUCCAAGAAAACAUCAAAUGGAACUGACAUUAAAAUGAAAACUGAUGAUGAAAGUGAAGAAACCAGUGCAGAAGAUAGUGAAGAUGAGGAGCCACAAAAGAAGACCAUUAAGAAGAGUAGCUCUGAAGACUCGUCCUCAGAGGAGUCCAGUGAGGAGGAAGAAGAAGAGCCUGCAAAGACUCCAAAGAAGGCUAAAGAUGCUAAAAUGGUUGGUGCAACUAGUAAGGCUCAAAGUGAAAAGAAAGCUCCUAAGACACCAGCCACCCCCAGAGCACCAGAGCAAGAAUCAAAAACUAUCUUCAUUGGAAAUUUGUCAUGGUCAAUUGACAAUGCUCAUGUUGAAGAUUUCUUUAAAGAUGUUGGAGAGAUAAAAGAAGUUCGUUUUGCUUCCUCCGAGGAUGGGACUUUCAAGGGUUAUGGGCAUGUUGAGUUUACCACUAGUGAGGCUGCCACCAAGGCUCUGGAACUAAAUGGUCAACAACUGUUGGGCCGCGAGGUGAGACUUGACCUAGCAAGAGAGAGAGGUCCUUUUACUCCCAAAAGUGAUUACCACAGUGGGAAACGCGAAAAUUCUUUCCAGAAACAGAGUAGCGGUGAAGGUACAACUAUAUUUGUCACUGGCUUUGACACAAAUGAUGAAGAAGAUCAGAUAAGGAGUGCUCUCGAAGACCAUUUUGGUGGUUGUGGAAAAAUCAUACGCACGAGACUUCCAACCAACCCCGAUGGAUCUGUGAAAGGGCUGGGAUACAUUGAGUUUACUGACAAUGAUGCGAUGACCAAAGCCCUGGAACUCAACUGGUCCUCUUUAGGAGGCAGCACCUUGAAGCGGCGGCAGAUCAGGCAGAGGUGGCCGUGAUGGAAGCGGUGGUAGGUUUGAUCGCGGGGGAAGGAGUGGUGGAAGAAGGGGUGGAAGGACUAGUAGCAUUGCCCCCUCAGGUAAGAGGACAACCUUUGGUGAUGAUUGAGGCUGUCGUCAGGUUUUUUGGGGACCACCGCAAGCUCUUCUUUUAUUUAUUGAAAAAGACAGUGAAGGGCAUUUUGGGGAUUAUUGUUAUUUUGAUAUUAACUGAGAUUAGUUGUGUUUUUUAAUAUUGCCAGAAUUUGUGUUUUUUUUAUAUUUACAUUUUGUCUUAGUGGUGUACUUUCCGAUUUACCUGUCCGUUAUAAAAAACCGAAUUUCCGUUAAAUUUAUUACCUGUUUCAUUCUAUUUGGUUUUCUUCUAUGGAUAAAAUGCUUGAUUUUAU